UGGCAGAUGACUCGGACCGUACCAGGGAGCGGAGUCUAAGGUGCCGCUGGUUUUCACCAGAGCCCGCUGCAAAGCGGGAUGGACUUGCUGCUGCAGGCGGUACCCAGGUCGCUAUCCCUGGCAUGGCUCGACCACAGAGGCGGCUGAGGAGAUGCGUAGCACAGGAGGGAUAAGGCAGCUCGUAGUCUGGAUAGCAGAAGGUCAGGGCAGGCGGCACAGUAGCGUAGUCUAGAUGUAGCAGGAGGUCAGUAGGCAGGUGUCAGAGGAGCAAGGUCGAGUCACAAAGCAAGAGAUCAGAUACAUGGCAAGGCAAUAACAAGAAUGCUUUCUCUCAGGCAACAAAGAUCCAGCAGGAAACUGAGGAGGGUGGAGGAAUUUAUAAAUGAGCCACAGGUGGAUUACACUAAUGAGCGUACUGGCCCUUUAAAUCUUAAAGCUCAAAUCCUAGGGGAUGGGGACGCCCGUGCCGAAGCAGAGGCGGAGGCAGGAGAAACGCCUGGAGAGUGACGGACUGGGGCUCGCAUGCAGGCGCAUCCUGUGAUGCGAGUCCCAGCCCCGUUGGCAACAGCAGAUGUGGUACAUUUUGUGGAUAGACAUCGUGAUGCUCUGAUAGAGCGGGUGCCUCUGGUGAUGCCGAUCAUCCACGAUCUCUAUCAGCUCUAUAGGCUGCUGACAAAUGAUGAAUAUUACAGAAUCCUCUGCACGAAGCCCGAGAAGCAGAUGGAAGCGCUCUUCUCUUAUGUGGAAUCUUGGAGUAAUGAAGACAAGGAUAAGUUCCUGCAGUCUCUGAGAGAACAUUACAUUUAUCUAGUAAGGAGUCUAGAAGGAAACUAAAGCCUAAUGGAAACUCCUGGGAUCGUGUGAUGCAACUCAUUCCAGCUUCAGCUACAACAACUCAGAACAUGAUGACUCCUCACUAGUUCACUAGUUCCCAUCAGACGCUUGUCCAUGUUGUGGGUUGCUGCAGUGGGGAAAAAAACGGAUU